UGGGUUGCUGCGCUCCUGAGACCUUGUCUCCUGUAGCUAAUCCCAGGCAGCAGUCCGCUGGUACUGAGGCUGCUAAUGGAGGAGUGGUCCAACGCACGUUAUCAUCCAGACUGCAGGGGCUGGCACAAACAAAGGCACCUAUCGCAGUGAGGAGUGAGGGUCCUUUAACUGGAGAACACAUUAAUCUGUCAUGGGCUGAUUUUUUUUUUCGUUUUCAUUUCUGCUCCGCUCCUGUGUUCACACACACACUCACUCACUCAGACACACACACACACACACACAUAACUGAACAUCGUCAAUGGUCUGCUGGAUCUGAACACGCAGAGUUGUGUUACAAGAUGGGAAAUACUCCUUCUCAAGAAACGUGCCUCCUGCCUGCUGAGCCACAGAGCAGCAUUGCUAUUGGAAACUGCGAAGGAGUGUGUGACCCCCUCGCCCACUUACCUGGCUGGAGUACAUGGAACAGAGAUUUCUCCAUGACUCCUCUGAAACUUGGAUCAUACAAGUACAAAACCACCUAUAACCACCCACCUGUUACACAAGAUUCAGAUAAAUCCAGCUCACACAUGAUCUCUGCAGAUGAUGCGGAAUACCCCAGGGAGUACAGGACCCUGGGGAAUGGAACCCGACGCUUUUCCAACGUGGGCCUGGUUCAUACCUCGGAGAGGCGGCAUACGGUAAUCGCGGCACAAAGCCUGGAGGCUCUCACCGGCAUGCAGAAGUCGGACAUGGAAAGGAAGAGGGAGGCUUUCCUGGACCACUUGAAGCACAAAUAUCCUCACCACGCCACAGCCAUCCGUGGGCAGCAGGAACGGCUUCGCGAACAGCAGGGCUUUGAAGCUUGGAGCGCCUGCGAGUUCAGGGAUGGAGGGAACAAGAUUGAGGCUAAGUCAAACUAUUGGAGUUUCAAGCCAACAAGGAGAGGAGACCUCCACCUCAUCAACCCGGAAAAACAAGCAAAGACUCGGAGUCCCAGACAUUCCCAGAGCCAGCAGUCUGGACUAGCGGACCAAGCAGCCAAGCUACCAUUCGCAUCAGCGGAGUCCUUGGAAACCAUGUCCGAGGCUGAAGUCCCGAUCGGUUUUACCCGAUCCAACCGUUUCAGACAGAGCCUGCCCCUGUCUAGGUCCACGAGUCAGACCAAACUCCGCUCACCAGGAGUGUUGUUCUUGCAGUUCGGUGAUGAAACCAGACGUGUCCAUGUCACUCAUGAAAUCGGCAGCCUGGACACCCUGCAUGCUCUGAUUGUUCACAUGUUCCCUCAGAAACUCACAAUGGGAAUGCUAAAGUCACCGAAUACUGCAAUCCUCAUCAAGGAUGAGACGAGAAAUGUCUUUUACGAACUGGAAGAUGUCAGGGAUAUCCAAGAACGAAGUAUAAUAAAAAUUUUCAGGAAAGAUCCUGUCUAUGCACCAUAUCCUUCCCAUGCUUCCCAUAUCACCAAUGGAGAUCUGAGAAGGGAGAUGGUUUACACAUCGAGGGAAUCGUCACCCUCCCGCCGCCUGAGCAGCAUGGCCGCUGGUUCUCCCCACCUGGUGCCGGGCUCCCCAGGCCCAGGCCUGCCCUCCUCAUCCCCUUCCCGUUCCCGGAUGUCGUACAGUGGCGGCCGUCCACCAUCCUACACCGGGAGCCCGGUGCACCACCCUGAGCGCCUGGGCAGUAUGCCACCUUCGCAGUCCAUCUCUCCCAGCCCGAGCGCCAUCUUGGAGCGGAGAGACGUGAAGCCAGACGAAGACAUGAGCAACAAAAACGUGGUGCUGAUGAAGAACGAGGGCUUGUACGCUGAUCCCUACGCCAUGAUGGCAGACGGGCGCCUCAGCAUCGCGUCUACACAGUCUCUGGCGGGAAUGCAGGACCCUUUCUCUUUCCCGGGAGGUCUUUACCGCCGAGGCUCCAUGAGGUCACUCAGCACCUACUCAGCAGCUGGGCUGCAGGCUGACCUCGAGGACGCUUUUUACAAACCGAGUGCCCAGAUCUACAGCGACAGUUACGGCACUGGCCUGGGCUACCGCAUGGCUCCUUCAUCCCCUCAGAAAAUGGCCGACAGCAGAAUGGCAGACAUCCAGCAAGGUCAGAGUCCACACAGCCCAUACUCGGGGCCACCCAGCCGGUCAUCCCCAGUACGGCAACCCUUCCGCAAGGAGCCAGGUUCUGCCGUCGUGAUGGAGAGCAUGGUGACAAAGUCCAGGAAUGCCAAUUCCACUGCCGCAUCAGAAGCUCUUCCAGGGCCCGGCGAAAGGACAGGGGCAAAUGAGAGGCCAGCAUCAGGGUACAGCUCCCCACUGGCCGUCAACGACCCAGAAACAAGAGAACGGAUGGAAGCCAUGGAGAAGCAGAUUGCCAGUUUGACAGGACUUGUACAGAAUGCACUUUUACGAGGGAGUGAAGGGGAACCUGCCAGCGAUAAAUCUGAAUCAAUAAAUGGGAGCUCAGGCACCGGAACUCUGAGCCCCUCUGUGCGGAGCACUGUGAACAGCACGGCAGCAGCACCAGCAGCAGCAACAACAUCAAUCAGCCACCCCACUGCCAUUACCAGGCUCCAGAUGCAGCUCCAUCUCCACGACCUCCAGCAAAACGCCAGUGACCUCCGCAAUCAACUCCAGCAGCUGCGUAAACUCCAGGUCCAAAGCCAAGACACCAUGAAGAACAUGAUGAAGCGCUUGGAGUCAGAGAUAAGUAUCAGGGUGACAGAAACUCUAAGGAAGCAGGAAGACCCUCUCCAUCGCCAGCGUGCUCUGGUAGAAGAGGAGAGACAGAAGUAUCUGAAUGACGAAGAGAUGAUUGUGCAGCAGCUGAAUGACUUGGAGAAGGCCGUGGAUGAUUUACAGCGAGACUCGAACCUGAAUCAGAAGCUGAUCACGGUGCAGGAACUGGAGGACAAGGCGCUGGUCUUACGUCAGUUGGGCGAGACCCUCACUGAACUGAAGGCUCAGUUCCCCAGCCUGCAGAGUAAAAUGCGAGUCAUUCUCCGUGUUGAAGUGGAAGCAGUGAAGUUCCUGAAGGAGGAGCCUCACAGGUUGGAUAUCCUGCUGAAACGAUGUAAGACUGUCACAGACGCCCUUGCCACGUUGAGAAGCUGUUCGCCCUCCAACUCAGCCUACUCCACAGGUACCUGCCCAAGACGUUUCAGCAGACCCACAAAUGAGACCCCGAUGAGGGGAAUUGAGGAAGUGACUGCCCAAUCACCAAAGCACUCGAGCACUGAAUCAUACUCACGGAAUUCCGAAUUUGAAAUCCCUACCAGCCCACCCUUGAACUUCCAGGAACAGAACACAACUGGGGUGAAAAUCUGGCAGAACCACAAUCCCGCCAUGGCACAGCUUACCCAGAAUUCCCCAGCUCAUGCUGCUGCUUCCCAGAAUCCUUCUGGAAUGAGCCAGGGGAUCGUAACCCAUAGCAACUCAUUGGAGGAGGCUUCAAUAACACCAAGCAAGAGGAACAUGGACCAAACCAUCUCUGUGGAAGUAAGAUAUUAA